UUUCUUUCAUAAAUGCACGAAAUCCACAGUCUAGCCGUGAGCUUGAUUUUCUUUUUGUAUGAAACUUUUUCCCAUUCGAUGUCCUGAUUGUAACGUAACGAUUAGUGCUUCGUGAAACGAUGAUUAUGGGAUGGAGGAUUACCAGGGCAGACAGGCCAUCGAAACGACAGAUUUUCGAAUCGACAGACGAGCCACGGAAUGUGUUUUGAGAAAAAGAGUCUUAUCCAAGGUGCGAACGUGGUCUUCGACAGGUGACAAUGCCGGGGUACUGGCUCUCAGGGAAGCACAAUUAUACCGCGAUUCAACUCCAAAGAACACAAUCUAACCGAUCACAGCCCCAAACUAACGCAUAUCAGAGAACGAUUCCAGGUGAUCUGCGACCGAACCGAAUCCACAGAACGUCGCGUCGCGCGGACCGAUGACGGUAUUUUUAAAGUUUAUCCGAAUCAACGUUGAUUUUCGUCUGCUUCUCGACACUCGAAUGCUCUCGCAUCCUGUUACUAUAAAUACUACCGGUCGAACCGAUAAGGGAUAUCAUUUCAGUGACGCUUGCUCGUGUACAAAACUUCUUGAAACGCGACAAACACACAGAUACACAGGCAUAUACACACAUAUGCUUACAGCCUUUUUUCUCUGCUACUUCUCUAAAAAAAAAGAAAAAAACGACGGGUAAAAGAAACAGAGAACCGAGACGCAAAAGAUAGAGAGUAGUAAGAAAAAUCUCGAAACUCUUUUAUAUCUUCUAUCGCACAAGAGCUUGACGGAUCCACGUGCAGCACGACCUUCACCGAUAAAAGCAAGAGCCGCAAACAGCAAUGGCUUCUCACUGGCCGCUUUCUUCGACUUUCCUUUUCUUCUUUCUCGAUCGUCGAUCGAUUUCGUUCCGAAAAAGAAACCGAUAGCGAUCAAGCUUUUCAUACACACACGUAAACACACAAACAUACACGCGCGAGCGCGCGCACACAGAAAGACAUAUACACGACGCGCUUUGAAUGGCACAAUGAACUCUUCGAAAACUCUCUCGACUUCGCCGGGACUUGCAAAUCUUCACCUUCGAGAUCAUUCGUAGGCUAUAAAACGAUAAGUCGAUGUGGAUUUUGUAAUAUUUACGUGGCUACAGUUGAGUGGGCAGUCUUAACGAUAUCAUCGACGACCGACGACGCAAUAUCGACGAUCCAUGCCCGAGAACAGGCCCGUCGGAGGAUCGACGGAUAGAUCCUCGAUCGCGGUAGCGCCGCGUGUCUUCUCUCGGACAGCAUUUGCGCGACUGCGAUCCGAAAACUAUCGACUAUCGACGAAACGACGUAACCGAAUUCAAUGAGACGCAUCGUCCACAUACCGCGAAAUUGAACAAGAAACCCGGUAUUUUCGUAUUAACAAUCGGAACGUUUCGCGAACCUUUUUGAUGCAUUUAAACUCUUUGUAUUAAGUCCAACGUGAUCGUUUGCAUCCCUCCGUGUAUAAACCGUGUGUGUAAAGCUAAUCCGACUAUGGGAACAGUUAAUUGAUGAAACAUCCAACGAUUUCGCUUCGUUCUUCGAGCCGAUGCGACUUUGACUUCUACCAUUUCAUUUCCGAGCGACCCUCGCGCGUCGAGGCGAGAAGGGUCGGUCAUGAAUUUCAGGGGAUUAACGAACAAUUCUCAUUAAUACGAAAAUACUAAACUAAAGAUAUCAACACAAGGAAAGUAUGAAAUUCUUUUUGAGUCGUGUACAACCUCUACAACUCUUGUCCCCCUUCUUUCUUAAGGAAACGGAUUUUCUCCAUUUCCAACUCAGCCGUUAUGUGCCAUGGAGAUGGCUGCCGAUCGCCAUACGUGUUUGCCACCCCUCGAGAAACGCAAACGGGCCGUUUCGCGCCGAAACGGAUCACUUUCUCGACGAUAUGUUCGCGGUAUUUUCGCGAGAUACGUUCGACAAGUUCGCGCAGAAAUCAAAGGAGGCUCGGAUAUUUAGCCGUCUCAAGGAAAGCCUGGGCGUUUCAUUUUCAUCAGCUCUUUUUCGUCCGGGAAUCGCAAAAGAAUGUCUUCGACCGGAGCCUCUAAUCAAAAGAAAUCUUUGAGAAUUACGAGCGAAUUUAGGGAUUCGAUUUAAACGACGCAUCGAGAAUCAAUCAAAGCUGAACGAAGCGCCGGGAGAUCUCGUCCCGAAAGUGAUCUGCUGACGCACAAUUGCCCGAGCAUAUAUUGUUAUCACUGCCCUCUAAACUCUCUAUCUGCAUAUCCUUCGAUGUACUGACGACUAAUGUUUAUACUAAACUAGUUAACUUCUAAUAAGAUAUCUUACCGAAUGCAAAAUGUUACUCUAAUUAAACUUAAACGCAUUAAACCUUGAAGUUAAGUGUGUCACGGGUAGGAUCAUACCUAAGCAUAACUAUUAAUGCGUAGUGCGGCAACCAAAGAAGAGCGUAAACGAAGAACUAACGAAAGGAAGGGAGAGCGAGGGAGGGAGAGAGUGGAGCUGAUUAGACGAGUGAGCGAGCGAGCGAGCGAGAGAGAGAGAGAAAGAGAGAGAGAGAGAGAAUGACUGAAUGGUAAGAGUGGUCGUGUAUUUAUAAGUGUAUGCGCAUAAUGCAGAAGUAAACGUGGGAAAGAGAAGUGAGGAGGUGGAGGAGAAGGCGAGAGACCGUGUGUGCGACGAGCAUUGUGAACCGGAAAGUCGUUAGAUGCUAGGCAGACACCGAAAACAGAAAAGAAUAAAAAAAUAAGCUCACACAACUGUAUCUAGAGUCGCUAUAGCUAGAUGGAAUUAUAUUUUACAUUGUACAGUCUAUACGUAUGGGUGCACUAUAUGAACCUAGAUAGUGAAAAAUAUGAAGACGCAAACGGAAAUACGCGUGAAACGUUACUGACGACGCUCCGAGCUCGAUAAAUAUUUGCUGAACUCUAGGAUCGACGGCAAUCGCAAAUAUUUUUCUUGUUCGCUACGCUGAUCGACGACUUUUUUUACACGUGCGCACGUGCACACUGGCUCGCGUGUGCGUGCGCGCGUGUCGAAUGUCGAGCGUUCGAAUGUCGUUUCGAUUCAAUUCGCGCAGGAAACGAUGUAUAAUACACAGAAUGUUCGCCGUCGCCGUUCCAAAAGGUCUAUCUUGUAAAUGUGAAUGGCGUUAAACGAAGAGUUGAAUUAUCCUUGUUUUCUUUUUUGUCCGAAUGUUCGGACAUUUUUUCGUUUCGCCGUUUUUUCAUUUCCAUAUCUCAGAAAAUAAAGCGUCGAGUGUGAGGAAGGAACAAUUCUCACUGUAGCUUGUCUUCCCAAAGAAAAUGUCUGUAUCAGCGACAAUUAUUUCGAGCACGGGAACGUGCCCGUUCAAAAACAAGGUUUGCUUCUUUUUAUUAAAUAUUUGUGAUAGCUCGUCUCCAGUUCCUAGAUAAUAAUUCAUACAUUUAUUGUAGGAAUAGGAUGAAUAAAUUUCUGGUUUGCAAGUGUAGUUCACUAAAUGAUUCUUGUCGCUGACUGCAACCGCGUGUACUUCCUGCAUUGAGGCUUGUUCGAGUUCAAAAAUACGCACUGCUCAUUUACAAGAGAACGAUUGGUAGAAGAUAACGAUAAUUUGAACAUCCUGUGUAUAUUUAUUCGUACACAGAGUUGGGCACGGUUUAAUGACUUGGCGACUGCAAUUGACAUAUUUGAUCAGCAAUUGCGAUUAAGUUUACACAUUAAGUUUUCCUCGAAGCCUCGAUUAAUGCUAAACCUACCGAAUAUUGAACGAUAACCGACACGUGUUGCCGUAUAAAAAUUACAGAAUUGAGUUGAUUUCGAUUUUGUACAAUUUUGAAUCAAGCACCGUAAAAUACGUGUGGGUUUAGUGUUGAAUAGAAUUUCAACUGGAAAUGUCAAUACAAAAAUCAACAACCGAAUUCGCCAAUUGAUUAAAUCGGUCUCCGAUUUGUCGACGAUCGAACGAUCGACUGCGAUUAAACUUUUAAAUCAUGAGCAUCGUUCUGUCGCUCGAAAAUUCGUAUCGUUCAAUGCCCAACUCUGUGUUCUACCUAUACACGGACACAUGCAUUCUCUAAGGUUGAGAGUUGAGAGAGGCGCGUCGAGCUAAUCGCUCGGCGCCGCUCGAGUCAGAUGUCUCGUUUCACGGAAAGUCGGCCCGACUGCGAGCGCAGUAUAAUUACGAGCGUAGCGUACGAUGGUGCGUAUAGAUUUUUUACACGUCAUGGCGACGCCUCUUGUGCCGUUCCGUUAGAAUUUUCCGGUUUUUACCGCGCGAAUUUACGACGCCGCACGAUCCCACGCAAUCCGCAAAGUAUUUCUUUCGGUAAUGAUUUACGAAAAGAUCCUCCUCUCCGAUUUCAAUGACAUCUGAUUAUGUUGCACAGCUUAGCAUUUUCAACAACUUUUUCCUCCGUGAAAAUUAUUGCUCUGCCAUCAGUUUCCGUGAUAUUCGUGAAAAACUGGAGACCAGAUUUUCGGGGCAUUUUGAAAACCGAUUUCGAAAACUGUAUAUUUACAAACGUUAUAAGCGCAGAUCAGUUCUGGCUUAUAGCUCUUCGUUGCUUAUUUUAAAAAGCUCUCAUGUUAUAGAGAUUGUUUACCGGUCCCCGUGCCGUGAUCACGAAAACAGUAAAUAAACGACCAUACAGCAUGAUAUUAUAAAAAGGAAAGAGUUUUUCGAAAUGUCGAGAAGUAUAAUAUAAAGUAUAAUAUAGUUUCACCAAAAUCAGAAAGGAGGAGCCUUUUGUAAUUAAUUACCUUUCUUUUUAUUUCGCGCAGCGACGUAAACGUGUCUCACAGGAGACAGAGUGAAAAGGGCGAGAGUAAACAGUGUGUCGUAUAUUUAAGGGGCAAAAGAAGAGAGAAAGAGCGCGAGAGAAAAAGAGAGAGAAAGAGAGAGAAAGUUAAGAAAAACGAAGCACGACGAGGAUACCUUUUACAACUUAAAUCAAAGCAACUCGCGCGCGCACGUGAUUGAUUAAUAUACAUAUACGAUGCGUGCACAGAGACGCAUUACGAAAUCUCUUGAAAAAUCGGAGACAUGUAAAUACAUAGAGAUAAUGCCAUAACUACGAAAUUAUAUGAAUAAAGUAUUGAAAAUGUGAACCAGACUGUGUUGCUACCUUGUUUCCUUGUUUGAAAUUGAGGCGCGGCUUUGGGCUUGUCCGCCCGUGAAUUUGAUUUUAUUAGGUGCUGUCUGCUUUUAAAGUCUUUUCGUUGAGAGACGAAGUAACUGGUCGAAGAAUGUAAUCUGUUACUCCGUAUACCAGAAUCGUAUACGUCAGUGUUCGUAUACUUAAAUAAAAGAUAAUUACACGUCGCCUGCUACAAGCAAAAUGCCGGAAAUCAAGAUUACUCCCUUGGGAGCUGGCCAGGAUGUUGGAAGAAGCUGCAUUCUUGUGACAAUGGGUGGAAAAAAUAUAAUGUUGGACUGCGGCAUGCAUAUGGGGUUUAACGAUGAAAGACGGUUUCCAGAUUUCUCGUACAUCGUCCCAGAAGGUCCAGCAACUAACUAUAUCGAUUGUGUGAUCAUUUCACACUUUCAUUUAGAUCAUUGCGGUGCUCUACCAUACUUCACGGAGAUGGUAGGCUAUACUGGUCCAAUUUAUAUGACACAUCCUACAAAAGCCAUUGCACCUAUAUUACUCGAAGAUAUGAGAAAAGUAGCUGUAGAGCGUAAAGGAGAGAGUAAUUUCUUCACUUCGCAAAUGAUAAAAGAUUGCAUGAAGAAAGUAAUUGCUGUUACAUUACAUCAGUCUGUUAUGGUUGACCCAGAAUUGGAAAUAAAAGCAUACUAUGCAGGACAUGUACUUGGUGCAGCAAUGUUUUGGGUUCGUGUUGGCUCCCAAUCAAUUGUAUACACAGGAGAUUACAAUAUGACUCCUGAUAGACAUUUAGGAGCUGCAUGGAUAGAUAAAUGCAGGCCAGAUUUAUUAAUAUCAGAGUCAACAUAUGCAACGACCAUCAGAGAUUCCAAAAGAUGCAGAGAAAGGGACUUUUUGAAAAAAGUUCACGAAUGUAUAGACAGAGGUGGAAAGGUAUUAAUACCUGUAUUUGCUCUUGGACGUGCUCAAGAACUUUGUAUAUUAUUAGAAACAUAUUGGGAAAGAAUGAAUUUGAAAGUUCCUGUCUAUUUUGCUCUAGGAUUAACAGAAAAGGCUAAUAAUUACUACAAAAUGUUUAUCACAUGGACUAACCAGAAAAUUAAGAAAACUUUCGUACAAAGAAACAUGUUUGAUUUCAAGCAUAUAAAACCGUUUGACAAAGCCUAUAUUGAUAAUCCUGGGGCGAUGGUAGUAUUCGCUACUCCAGGCAUGUUGCAUGCUGGAUUAUCUUUACAAAUUUUUAAAAAGUGGGCCCCAAAUGAAGCAAAUAUGGUCAUCAUGCCCGGCUUCUGUGUACAAGGAACAGUUGGACACAAAGUUCUAAACGGUUCUAGAAGGAUUGAGUUUGAGAAUCGACAGAUAGUAGAGAUCAAAAUGUCCGUCGAAUAUAUGUCCUUUUCUGCACAUGCUGAUGCAAAAGGAAUUAUGCAAUUGAUACAAUAUUGCGACCCGAAAAAUGUUAUGCUAGUACACGGGGAAUUCGCGAAAAUGGAAUUUUUGAAAGAAAAAAUUAAACAAGAAUUUGGUAUUAAUUGCUACAAUCCUGCGAAUGGAGAAACUUGUGUUAUAACAACUAUUUCUAAAGUUCCGGUUGAUGCGUCUUUAGCAUUAUUGAAAGCAGAAGCGAAAAGGUAUUCCGCGUUGCCACCGGACCCUAAACGACGAAGAUUACUGCACAGUGUUUUGAUGUUACGAGAAGACGGAGCGUGUCUUGUAGAUGCGGAUGAGGUGACAAAGGCAGCUGGCAUAAUGAAACAUAUCGUACGAUUUACGUCUACAGUCCAAGUAAGAGACCCUGGUCCAGCACAUUCCACAACUUUAAAAUUGCUGCAACCUUUGAAAGAAAGACUAUCAGGAUGGACAGUUCAAUUAACUGAUGGAUCGAUAUCAGUUGAAUCUGUUUUGGUGAAAGUAGAAGGUGAUGAAGAUGAUCAAAAAAGCGUGUACGUUUCGUGGACAAAUCAAGACGAAGAUUUAGGUAGCUAUAUUUUAGGAUUUUUGCAAACAAUGUUGAAUUAAAUAAACUUACAAUGUUUAAAGACCAUUAUCAUGAACAUUAAAAAUGUAUAGUUUAUAUAUUUUAAGAAUUUGUUUGUAAU